AUGGACACUGCACGGCAGGGAACAACACUCAAACCUGGCGGUUUUCAGCUCUGGGAACGCGAGUUGAUCGAUAGCCCAGAAGUAAAGCGCAAGGCCACAGUUGCCCAACUAUAUUUCCUCGAUUACUACUUUCACCUCCUCGGGUAUAUCUCAGCGCGCAAAGAACGACGAAAGGCCUUCGACGCAUCCACCGCCGCUCGCAAUGUAUCCUCUGCUGAAUACGCCAAGGAGUUCAAGUCAUACUGCGGUCGUGAACGGGUGGUGUUGCGCAAGCGUCGCACAAAACUCAAAGUCGAGCAAUUCCACAUCAUCGCUCAAGUUGGUCAGGGUGGGUAUGGAGAAGUGUACCUUGCUCGGAAACAGGAGACUGGCGAAGUUUGCGCGCUGAAGAAGAUGAGGAAGCGAACGCUAGCGAAGAUGGACGAGAUCCGUCACGUCCUUGUGGAACGUGAUAUUCUCAGGGCGACCCAAACGCCGUGGCUCGUCAAGUUAUUGUACGCCUUUCAGGACCCAGAACACGUGUAUCUGGCCAUGGAAUACGUACCAGGUGGCGAUUUUCGCACUCUCCUUAACAAUUCAGGGGUUCUGAAGGAAGAACACGCUCGGUAUUACAUCUCCGAGAUGUUUGCAUGCGUCAACGAGCUGCACAAGUUGGGGUACAUUCACCGAGACCUCAAGCCGGAGAACUUUCUAGUUGAUGCUAGCGGCCAUGUCAAGCUCACCGACUUCGGUCUCGCCACAGGAGCGCUCAACCCGCGCCUGAUUCAUAACCUGAAGGACAAGCUGGACAAGGUCAAAGACAAUGAAGUAGUUCAGCGUUCAACCCUCGAACGGCGAUCCAUCUAUCGAUCCAUGCGCGCAGCUGAUGCUCGCUAUGCCGACUCGAUCGUCGGUUCACCGGAUUACAUGGCCCCUGAGGUCCUCCGCGGGAAACCCUACACCUACUCGGUCGACUACUGGUCGCUGGGAUGUAUUCUGUUCGAGUUCUUGGCAGGCUUCCCGCCGUUCAGUGGCGGUACCCCGGAGGAAACAUGGACGAACCUGAAAAACUGGACGAAGGUGCUUCGCCGGCCAGAGUACGACAAACCUGAGGAUCUGAUUUUUAACUUAAGUGAUGUUGCGUGGGACGCUGUCACCCGCCUCAUCGCGCACGCCUCCGUUCGCUACUCUUCCCUCGAGCAGAUCGAAAAGCAUCCCUUCUUUGCCGGCGUAAAGUGGAAGGACCUUCGAUCAAUUCAAGCUCCGUUCAUUCCGGCGCUUGAUUCCGAAAUCGAUACGGGCUACUACGACGAUUUCACGAGUCCGGAGGACAUGGCCAAGUAUGCUGAAGUCAAGGAGAAGCAGCGCAACGUUGAGCGUGUGCGCGAGAAGGAGGAACCGUUCAAUCGCGGGGUCUGGGUCGGGUUCACGUUUGGCAGGCAUGGUGUCGGACUGAAUGCCCGUGGCAUGGGCGGAGGCAGCAACGAGGAAGGCACAUUGACUACAAUGUUCUAA